CAGUAGUGUAGCACGGUUCAUGCCUUAUCGAUUUUCGAUUAUUCAGCAUUAUUGGAAUUCGAUUGCGAGUUAGUAAUUGAUAUAUUAAAUAUAGAUCCAUUUGAAUAUUUAACAUAAUCGUUUGUAAUUGCCGAUAAAGAGUGAUCGAGCUUCAAGCAAACUUGUUUCGGUUCACAUUUGGUCCGCACACUAACGCCAUCUAUCGAAAGUAGAGAUGAUCAACUUAAUACCGCUACUCGCCGCCGCGGCGCUAGUGUCGCUGCAAUGCUUGUCGGCCUACGCACGGAUCGACGACGCAAAGCUCGAACUAGAUAACAGACUAUUACCAAAUGAAAUACCAGCCGCCAUUCCGAGUCCCAAACGCCGUACAGUGGGGAAAUACGUGAAGAUUUCCGGCCCUCCGCCGGAAACGGCCCGGUUCGUGCCCGGCACGACUCUCGUACUGGAGUGUGAGAUUAUGGGCAACCCGGCGCCGUUUGCCGGAUGGUUAAAGAAUGGAGUACCGGUUUCUGAUUUUGAAGAAGACACCAACGAGAUCUUCUCCAUCAACCCACUCAGCCCCGCGCGGCUGACCAGCAAGUUCGUGAUCCGAACAGCUUCCAAUGGUGAUGUCUUUACUUGCGUCGCCAGCUCCGGACUUAGGGAGAAUAGCGCCUCCACCACGGUUUAUGUUGAAGGCUCCGGAUCAGACUCCAUCCUCAACGAGAUAAUGCCGUCGAAGCCGAUCAUCACUGCGUUCUACAACGACCUGUUCCAGCUGGUGGGCACCAGCGCCACGCUGCCCUGCAGGGCGUUCAGCCCUACCAAGACCCAGGUUCUGUGGAUGGACAAUAAUGAGAAUGUUGUCUACGGAAGCAAUCGAUUGAGGGUGUUACCAUCUGGAGACCUGCACAUCUCGGGCAUCAGUUGGGACGACAUGGGCAGCUGGACGUGUUCCGUCAAGAACGCGUACGGUAGAGAUGUAAUGGAAACAUUCCUCUAUCCACUCGUGGCGCGUUGAACACGGAAUAAAAAUGAAACUUGCAACCAACCACGCAGCUGAGUUACCCGCCGACGAUAUUUUGAUGUUCCUACUUUUUACUUAUAAGUAAAGGAUAAAAAUAUAAUAUAAAAAUAAAUGAUUGUUAUUAUUAGAUUUAAGAUUGAUCUGUAUUAAGCUGUGCUCACGAAAGGUAUUUUUAAGGGAAAAAUAUGUACUUAAUUUAUUUAUUAUUUCGUUUUAGGUUUGAUUUGUGACAUUUUUAUUAAUAAUUUUAUGGCAAUAGAUUUUGUGUUUAUUUUUCUACGCAUCGCAUAAUUAAAAAUGUAAAUAUUUUUAGUAUUAAAGUGUGUGCUAGCGCCAUCUGUUGGCGAAAAGUAAUCCACCUACUCGUCGAUAGAUGGCGCUA